AUGUCCCUUGGUCGGAGGAUAUUAAUUGACACUCUAGCGAUUUUGAGUGCCAUCUGGCUUAUCCUUCCACUCUCCUGUGGAGCUGCCGAGAACCAAACUCGAAAUGUCGAAAAAGAAGAGGAAGAAGAAUUUGAGGAUUUGUCACCUGGCGCAAUCGUAGGCAUUGUAUUUGGUGUUCUUGCUGGCGUUAUUAUUAUCGGUAAGAUAUGUGCUAUGAAAUUUGUGCCCACGCAUCGUACUAGAUCUGCCCUCGCCUUGAACAGUUGA